ACUGUGGCUAUGUGACAUACAUGAUGUGACUGAAACACUAUCAUUGGCAGAUAACACUGAAACUCUAGAAAAUGAUGGAGAUCUUGAAGCUUUCCUAGUGCUUUUCAUCUCUUUUAAACCUCAAACAUGGACACCGAACCUGAGGUAAAGAAAGAGAAGAAGCAGCAUCAGCAUCCUUUCUACUGCAAUAUUUGCAAAAUCUCGUGUGCUUCUGCAUUAAACUUGCAGACUCAUUUCCUUGGAUUCAAACACAAGACGGUUGAAGAAGCUCUAAAAGCCCAUGGCAUUGUUAAAACUGUGGGUGGAAUAGGGGACCAAGCGAAAGCACCUAUAAAACUUCCUGAUUAUGUUCAAACUGAGCCAGAGAAGUUUCAAGGACAAACCUUGGAAGAACAGCUUAAUACAUGUAAAGAUUCAGAACCUGCACUUGGACUUGAAUAUAUAAUUGAAUACCGAUCAAAAGAGAAUCUCCUUGUUCUCUACGAGUGUCAGCUGUGCCACUGUCAAACGGGAUUGAGUAAUAUGUUCAUGCAUGUUUAUGGUUCUAAACAUAGACUGGCAUAUCUGACACAACAUUAUCCUGAGAUAGUGGAAUCUGAUGAAAUUAGAGGUCGAGGUUCAGAACUGAACAGAAGGCUUAAACAAGUAGCUGCAGUUAUUGAAAAGAAGGAGGGAAGAAAACAAAUAAAGGUUGUAACGGAUCCUCCUGUUAUGAAGAGAAAAUGGCAAGAAUAUGGCUACCAUUCAAAAGCUAAGGUUCAGCGUGUAUAUGCUUCAACUAGCAAUGAAGGAAAGGCAGAAGGUGAUGCUGAUAAGGAUAAACAGAUCACAGAUUCUACUCAAAGUUUACCUUCUCAAGAUGGAAAGGAUACUCAAGAUGAACAGGAAAAAAGCCAAAAAGAACAACUGAAACCAGCUGAAAAGCUAAACGCUAACAAUGCUGAUGAAAGCAACAAAGCUGAUGAAAACAGCAAAGGCAACAAGACUGAGUGUGAUGACAGCAAACAAUCAAAAGGUGAAGACAAGGAAGUCCAGGAUAAAGCGAAAGAUGAUGAUGAAAUAAAGUCUGAAGAAUUCACUAGCCAUGAAGAACUACUAGGAUAUUUGCAAAGCUUUGAGAUACUGACUGAAGAUGAUGCAUCCUUUAUCCUAAAGGUUACACAAACUCUUACGAAUGCAUUGGUGGAAUAUCGGCAACAGGGUGCACCAACAAAUGACUCUUUAGAUUCUGAACCAAAUCAAGAAAAAACAAUUGAACAUUCGACAGAACAAUCUGAUGCGACUUCGGUGGAUAUUAGUGACGCUAAGACUGGGUUUUCAGCAAAUUAUAUGUCAGACAGGAGGCAGCAUCCUGCCCAACAACCAUAUGACAGCACAGCAGCAAAGUCUAAUGUUAGUGGAACAUUCAUGAAAAAGGAUUCACCAUCAGUGAACUUUUCAAAAAACAAUGCUACAAAUUGGAAACGUGGGACUUUUCAAUCCACGUUUAGAGUAUUAAGUAAUGAAGAGUCCUUAGAGUCUGCUUCUGCUGCUGAAGAGCAGCGUCCCUCCUCUUCUCAAAACAUGUCUAAUAAAAAGUUAUCUGCUACUGAGAGAGAUGCACCCCAAAACUCUUUACCUGACUCUUUGAGAACAUCAUAUGAAAACGAUGUCACUACUGAAUUUUUCAAUAGUGUAAGAAAUAUGGAUGCUGCUGAGGUUACGGCUACUCUACAGAAAAUAGCAGCCACAAAUCCAGCCUUCAGAGGUAUUGACAUUCCAAAUGUGAUAAGGAUCUUGACUGAAAGUGGGACUCUUAGAGCAUCAAACAGCAACAGUGUGCAGUGAUAAGGGAAAACAAGAAGUGAAAUUAAUAUUGUAAUGUGUAAACUGAAAAUUUGUCACUUUUAUGCAAUUAAUUUCAGUGUGUUCAAACUCUGUAUAGUGUUACUUGUUAUAUCUCCAGAGUAAUAGUUUGAAUUUGCAGAUUUGUGUGUUAUAUUUAUUUCUCCCAAUAGCUGCAAUUUCUGUAUUUGUGGAAAGAGACUGUAAUGUUGAUUUAAAAAAAAAUAUUUUUUCUUUGUUAAA